AUGCGUCGCACGGCACUUUGCCUGGGGUCUGUGGCACUGGCCAGCGGCAAGGUGUACUUUUCCGAGACCUUCGGUGAUGGCUGGGAGAGCCGAUGGACGCCCAGCGAGUGGAAGAAGAGCGACGGCACCCAGGGCACCUGGCAGCUCUCGGCGGGCAAGUGGUUCGCCAAUGAGGCUGAGGACAAGGGCGUGCAGACCGCAGAGGACUCUCGGUUCUUCGGCCUCUCCGCUGGCUUCGACUCCUUCAGCAACGAGGGCAAGGAGCUGAUCAUCCAGUACCAGGCGAAGUACGAGAAGGACAUCGAGUGCGGCGGCGGCUACGUCAAGGUCGGGCCAAAGCUCAGCGAUCCCAAGUCGUUCGGUGACCCCACGCCGUACAACAUCAUGUUCGGCCCCGACAAGUGUGGCUACACCAAGCGCACGCACCUGAUCUUCAGCUACAAGGGCAAGAACGUGUUGAAGAAGUCGGACCUGGCAUACAAGCAGGAGGGCGAGGGCACUUCUCACGUGUACAGGCUGACCCUGAAGCCCGACAACACCGCGAAGGUGGAGAUCGACGGCGAGAGCAUCUACGAGGGCUCCUUGAAGGAGGACUGGGAGCUCUUGGCGCCCAAGGAGAUCAAGGAUCCCGAGGACAAGAAGCCCAGCGACUGGGUCGAUGACAGCAUGAUGGACGACCCCGAGGACAAGAAGCCAGACGGCUGGGUCGAGGAGAAGCGCAUUGUGGACGCCAAGGCCAGCAAGCCGGAUGACUGGGACGACGAGGAGGACGGCGAGUGGGAGGCGCCCAUGAUCGACAACCCCGAGUACAAGGGCGAGUGGACCGUGAAGCGAAUCUCCAACCCAGCCUACAAGGGCUUCUGGGAGGCCAAGAAGAUCGCCAACCCAGAGUACGUCGAUGACGACAGCCUCUACAAGUACGAUGACUUCGGCUUCAUCGGCUUCGACUUGUGGCAGGUGAAGGGCAACACCAUCUUCGACAACGUCAUCAUCACGGAUGACGUCAAAGAGGCCGAUGCCUUUGUAGCGAAGUGGAAGGCACUCAGCGAAGUGGAGCAGGCCAAGAAGAAGGAGGAGGACGAAAAGAAGGCUGAGGAAGCCAAAAGUGCCGCGGCCUCCAAGGACGACGACGACGAUGAUGACAAAGACGAGGAGGAGGACUCAGAAAUCAAGGGAGAUGUGCGGGAACACCGGAUGGUCGUCGCUGAUGAUGCGUCGGGAGGAGAGAAAACCAUGCGCCGCACCGCGGUCUGCCUCAGCUCCCUGGCCCUGGCCAGCGGGAAGGUCUACUUCUCCGAGACGUUCGGCGAUGGCUGGGAGAGCCGAUGGACACCCAGCGAGUGGAAGAAGAGCGACGGCACCCAGGGCACCUGGCAGCUCUCGGCGGGCAAGUGGUUUGCCAACGAGGCGGAGGACAAGGGCGUGCAGACUGCAGAGGACUCGAGGUUCUUCGGCCUCUCCGCUGGCUUCGACUCCUUCAGCAACGAGGGCAAGGAGCUGAUCAUCCAGUACCAGGCGAAGUACGAGAAGGACAUCGAGUGCGGCGGCGGCUACGUCAAGGUAGGGCCAAAGCUCAGCGAUCCCAAGUCGUUCGGUGACCCCACGCCGUACAACAUCAUGUUCGGCCCCGACAAGUGCGGCUACACCAAGCGCACGCACCUGAUCUUCAGCUACAAGGGCAAGAACGUGUUGAAGAAGUCGGACCUGGCAUACAAGCAGGAGGGCGAGGGCACUUCUCACGUGUACAGGCUGACCCUGAAGCCCGACAACACUGCGAAGGUGGAGAUCGACGGCGAGAGCAUCUACGAGGGCUCCUUGAAGGAGGACUGGGAGCUCUUGGCGCCCAAGGAGAUCAAGGAUCCCGAGGACAAGAAGCCCAGCGACUGGGUCGAUGACAGCAUGAUGGACGACCCCGAGGACAAGAAGCCAGAUGGCUGGGUGGAGGAGAAGCGCAUCGUGGACGCCAAGGCCAGCAAGCCGGAUGACUGGGACGACGAGGAGGACGGCGAGUGGGAGGCGCCCAUGAUCGACAACCCCGAGUACAAGGGCGAGUGGACCGUGAAGCGAAUCUCCAACCCAGCCUACAAGGGCUUCUGGGAGGCCAAGAAGAUCGCCAACCCAGAGUACGUCGAUGACGACAGCCUCUACAAGUACGAUGACUUCGGCUUCAUCGGCUUCGACUUGUGGCAGGUGAAGGGCAACACCAUCUUCGACAACGUCAUCAUCACAGAUGAUGUGAAGGAGGCGGAUGCCUUCGUGGAGAAGUGGAAGGCCCUCAGCGAGGUGGAGAAGGCCAAGAAGAAGGAGGAGGAUGACAAGAAGGCCGAGGAGGCCAAGGCUGCGGCCGCAAGCUCUUCCGCCGACUCGGACGACGAUGACGACGACAAGGACGAGGAGGAGGACUGA